AUGAGCCAUUCAUCAAAUGCACCAUCAAUAAAGCCCUUACUUCCACUACGAAAACACCAACAGUUUUCCAAUGGAGGCAGUAGGUUGUCUUUAGGGACAGCUUCUAGAUCAUCAACAAUGCAAUCAACCGCUGGUACUACCGCUACCUUCAACAACAAUUAUGGCAACAGAUUAAGUGCGGGCUUAAACGGGAAUAGUCAGCAGGCAAAUCUAAGACAAAGCUUCCAAGGAAAUAUACAAUCUGCAUUUAUUAACGAUAAUACACCAUCGACUGGAAACAAACGAAGAUCAGUUUUGUACUCGGUGCCUCCAUCUACAAACAAGAAGAGAGUGAGUUUGGGAGUACCUUCGCUGCAAGUAUCGCAACUGGCAAAUCCUCCAAGAGCACACUUCCAACCACUUCAGGGGCAGCAGCAGCAGCAGCAGCAACAACAGCCCUCUUUCAACCGACCAAUACAGUCUUCACAGCCUACCCCACUGUCAUCUCAACUGUUACCAUUCCAAUCAAGUAUUCCUCAGCCUCAAAUUGGAGCACUACAUCUGGCGUCUACAGAUCGAGCCAUAAACAAAGCCAGACAAGAACUCAUGACCCAGAAAAUUUUCAAGUUUCUUGCGACCAAUCACUUUGAAAUUAGAACAUCAAUAUCAUUGAACGAAAAUACAUUAAGAAUUCCAACACAACGGAAUUUCUACGAGAUCUUCAAGUUUGUGUACCACUUCAUCGAUCCAUCGUAUGUUUUUUUAAAAUCAGCUGAACAAGAAAUAAUACCAUUAUUAAAGUCCUUACAGUAUCCAGCAUUAGGUACUAUAUCGCGUCUACAGUUUAAUGCUGUUGGUGGACAAAACUGGCCCAAUUUCUUGGCGAUUCUUGAAUGGCUUCUAACUUAUAUUGAAGCGAAUGUCGGUAUAGUCGAUGAUCUCAGUCCUAAUGAUGAUUUUGAUCGUAUUUUCAUGGGAUACAACUAUAGCUGCUACCUUAAAUUCCUUGAUGGGGAUGAGGAUUAUGAAGCCCCACACCAACAAAUGUUGAAGGAGUUUGAAGAAGAAAUGGAAAAAUUUAAGGGCCAGGAGAGGAACCUUUCAGUUCAAAGGGACAGAUUGAGUGAAAACUAUGAGCAGUUGCUCGUCGAUUUGAAACAAAGAGAUGAUGCUGAUCGGAAAACAAUUGCUUUGGAGGAGGAUUUCACCAAGCUUCGUGAAUAUAUCGAGGAAGUGCAAAAGAGAAUACCAGAAUGGAGUGAAAAAUUGCAUCAAUUGCUGGAUGAGAUGCAUUCAGCCAAGGGUAAUUUAAGCACGCUACAAGAGGAGCGAGAGACUUUGCAGCGAGAAUUUCAAGCUAGUGGUAUCUCAAUUAAAGAUAUUACGGAUUUGGAAUUGAAGCGUGACAAAUUAUCCAAGAAAGUCGAACAAGAGACUCUAAAAUUGGAGAGACAAAAAGACCUGCUUCAAGAAAGGAUAGCAGAUGUCGAAAAUGGCUGUUUUACUGUUGAGAAAUUGAUAUUGAAUUAUAAUAGUAUUGUGGAAAAAUUCAACUAUAGCAAUUCGAGUGGUUACUCCUUUGGAUUGCAACUCAAGGACUUGAGCGAUUUCAACAUUGCAUACGAAAGGGAUGAGCUUUUCAGAGACAAGACACUUGGUGAGGAGUCGAAUCAAUUAAGCUUAUUACAUCGCAAUAUUAAUGCCAAGUUGGGUCAAAAUGAGGAUGAACUUCGAAGAAUUAUUGGACAAUUUGACUCGAUGCAAGAGUACGUUGCAAGUCAACGAACCAACUUGGCCACUAUCCAAAAUGAUGAAUACAAACAAAAGCGCAGCAAUGAUGAAAAGUCUCAAGAAAUUUACAACUUACAAGCCGGCAGAUCGAAAGAUAUUGAGGGUCUAGAAAAGAGAAUAAGAGAUACCAAGUCAUCCAUCACGGCGAAUAUACUCAAUUAUGAGCGCGAGUUUCAAGAUGCUCAUCUAGACAAGAAAAUCAUCAUUCAGGAUGUACAGCAAAAGCUACUAGAAUUAGAUGAGGAAAUUUUCCGGGUUCAUGCAGACGUUACCAAAUUCAAGACUUCUUUAAGUGAGAGAUUAAUAUCGGCUUAUGAUAAUUUCACCUAG